AUGGAAUAGAGGUAAAAUUCAUUUACACAGAACACAUUUCUAGAGGUGUGUACAAGGCGAGGAUUUUUGACAGUGGCAUAGAUAUUAUUGUUAAAUUCUCUAGAAGAUACAAUGCUGAUGCUCACAAGUUGUGUGCUGCUAUGGGAUUUGCACCAAAGUUGUUCCAUAUUGAUACAGAAAAGAUGCAAGAAUGGAUAAUUAUUGUAAUGGAAUAUGUUGAUAAUGCAAAACAAUUACAAGACAGUCAUCUUGAUUUGAUGCAAAAAAAGCUUAUAUUAAAAGAAAUCAAGGCUGCAGUUGACCUUCUCCAUGAAAAUAAUAUUGUAUUUGACAAAGAUAGAUAUCCACUUUUCAUGAAUUAUGAAAUAACUUGGCCAACUGGUGCUGGGGAUGGAGAAAUUUUAAGAAAAGUAAUGAUGAAGAAUG